CUGAAAAAACUCUCAAAUUCAUUUCAUUUGAAUCUUCAUUUCAUUUCCCAUGGGCAAGAAAAUGAAGCUUCCUUCCCUUCUCCACAACAAGAACUCACACCCCAAACCUUCUUCCACUUCCUGGCCAUGGCCCUCUUGCCACCAACCUCGAACCCUCUCUUUUCGAGACCAAAACGAUGUCGCUUUCAAAACCAUCAACCCAGCCUACUUCGACAUGCCCGAGAGCUCCCACUCCUUCUUCACUGUCUCUCCCGACUCUGGAAGCUUCUCUACCGCUUCAGAAGAAGAUUCUAGAAGACCGGAUUCCCUUGAGACCCUCAUUCGCCCCUUGCCUUCCGACCGUUUGUUCUUCCACCCCGACCAGACAAGCUCCAUAUUAGAGUCCAAAGCAGGAACAUCGACACCAACACCAACACAAACACAAACAACUACAACACCAACACCACCACCAACAACAACAACGUUGCCCUUCAAAGACAGCGUGGUUAUGUCUGUGGAGUCUCAGGACCCUUACGUGGACUUCCUCAGGUCCAUGGAAGAGAUGGUGGAAGCCCAGUGCGUUAAAGACUUUGAUGGUCUCCAAGAGCUUUUAUGUUGGUAUUUGAAAGUCAAUGGAAAAAGCAACCAUGGUUAUAUUGUCGGUGCUUUCAUUGAUCUAUUGGUGGCUUUUUCUGAUAUAAACUCUCAUUCUCCUUCUUCCCCUUUGUCAUUCUACAGCUCUUCUCUUUCUUCCUCUUGCAGCACUCACUGUGUUUCAUGUUUGGAAGCUGAGGACGAGGUUGAUUCAGCUCCCCGUUAA